AAACGGAGAAAAGAGAAGACAAAGAUAUGAGGUCAAAAGCGAUGACGGACGAGUGAUUUAUUUCCCAUGAAAGCAAGUAACUACUCUAAUUCUUGAUUAAAUUGCACACACAUUGGGAGAUUUCUCAUCAUGAACCGCGCUUUUAGCAGGAAGAAAGACAAAACGUGGAUGCACACGCCCGAGGCUCUAUCAAAGCACUACAUCCCUUACAGUGCAAAGUUUCUUGGCAGUACAGAAGUGGAGCAGCCUAAAGGUACCGAAGUCGUGAGAGAUGCUGUGAGAAAGCUUAAGUUCGCAAGACACAUCAAGAAAUCCGAAGGACAAAAAACACCAAAAGUCGAGUUACAAAUCUCAAUAUACGGAGUGAAAAUCCUAGAUCCAAAAACAAAGGAAGUCCAACACAAUUGCCAGCUCCAUAGGAUAUCAUUUUGUGCUGACGAUAAAACCGACAAAAGGAUAUUCACUUUCAUAUGCAAAGACUCUGAGUCAAACAAACAUUUGUGCUACGUCUUUGACAGUGAAAAGUGUGCAGAAGAGAUAACAUUAACAAUUGGGCAAGCGUUUGACCUGGCUUACAGGAAAUUUCUGGAAUCGGGAGGAAAGGACGUGGAAACAAGGAAACAGAUUGCAGGAUUACAGAAAAGAAUUCAAGAACUAGAAACAGAAAAUAUGGAGCUUAAAAAUAAAGUACAAGAUUUAGAAAACCAACUAAGGAUAACCCAAGUAAAUUCAUCGCCACUACGGCACGUAAAGUCCGAUUAUGAGCACUUCAUGUUUCAGGGACCCUCCUCCUUUUUCUGGUGUAGCGCUGAGGACGCAUCUCCUUGUUUAGAUAUCUCUUCCAUUACUCUCACUCCCAUGAGCUCUCCUGACUCCAGGCACUCCUCUGGACUAUUAACGCCUCCACCUUCCAAAAGUGGUCUUUCCAAGCCAACCCAUGAAUACAGCAUCCCAAGACCUCACGCAGGCAGUGUGACACCUAAAUCACCCUCCACUGACAUCUUUGAUAUGGUCCCCUUUUCUCCCAUGUCCCCCCAGUCAUCAACACCUACUCGCAAUGGCACGCAGCCUCCGCCAGUGCCCAGUAGAUCUGCAGAGAUCAAGAGAGACCUUUUUGGAGCCGAACCAUUUGACCCCUUUAGCUGCGGAGCCGGAGAUUUCCCUCCAGACAUUCAGUCCAAACUAGAUGAGAUGCAGCGUCAGCGAUGGAGGGGUUCAAAAUGGGACUGACUCUGGAAGGCACAGUGUUUUGUCUCGAUCCCCUAGACAGCAGAUGCUGAUGCAAGAACAGAAAAUU